UUGAGACCAAUAUUCUAUCUUUACACAUUGCUUGUUGUGUAUAGGUUCUGUAACUAUUUUGCUGCGAUGGCCUACUGCCCCAACUGGGUAAACUAAUUCAAAUCUUCUUAGUUGAGAUGUUCUUCUUAGAUUGUUUGAUCUCAAUUUCUAGCAUCCUCAGGAUGGAGAUGCCUGUGAUACAAGUACAGAAGCACAGGAUAUGGCUUCUAGCCAAGAAUGUUGCUUUGGAUGAAGUAGCUUUCUUGUUGGAUUUGGCUUUUCUGUGGAAGGCACCUGGGAUGACAAUUUGGACCGGAUUGCUGAAUGUUAUCAGGAAGCUGGGCUCCAUGAAAUUGCCAAAUUUGUGCUAUAUAGAAAUUGUACUGAAGUUGAUUUUGGCAUAUGCUUAUCUUGCUUUCAUGUACAUUUCCAAUUUUGUAAUCUGCUGCCACCUAAAAUUCUGGAAUUACGUCUGAAGAUGAUAUUUUGGAUUAUGUUGUGACAUUGAUUAUAACAUUCAAU